AAACUAAAAUACUCGUAUAAUUUUACUUUUGUGUAAUUCUGUCAUCGAUCAAUGGCGACGAGACGAACCCUACCUCUCCUCCGCCACCUCACCUCCUCCCCCUCCCGUUUCCACCCGACCCGAUCCGUCACCUACAUGCCCCGUCCCGGCGACGGCGCCUCCCGCACCGUCACCCUAAUCCCCGGCGACGGCAUCGGCCCUCUCGUCACCGACGCCGUCGAGCAAGUCUUCGCCGCGAUGCACGCUCCCGUCGCCUUCGAAAAAUACGACUGCCACGGCGACAUGAAAGCGGUCCCACAAGAAGUGAUGGAUUCGAUCAAGAGGAAUAAAGUGUGCCUCAAAGGCGGAUUGAUGACGCCGAUGGGCGGAGGCAUCAGCUCGCUCAAUUUGCAUCUCCGAAAGGAGCUUGAUUUGUAUGCGUCGCUCGUGAAUUGCCAGAACUUCCCUGGAUUGCCUACGCGCCACGAGAAUGUCGAUAUUGUUGUCAUCAGGGAGAAUACGGAGGGCGAGUAUGCUGGACUUGAGCACGAGGUUGUUCCCGGUGUCGUCGAGAGUCUUAAGGUAAUAACAAAGUUCUGUUCAGAACGUAUCGCAAAAUAUGCUUUUGAGUAUGCUCACCUCAACAACCGAAAGAUGGUGACAGCAGUGCACAAAGCCAACAUUAUGAAACUUGCAGAUGGCCUUUUCUUAGAAUCUUGCCGGGAGGUUGCCAGCAAGUAUCCAAGUAUCAAAUACAAUGAAAUCAUAGUGGACAACUGCUGCAUGCAACUUGUAUCAAAACCCGAACAAUUUGAUGUUAUGGUCACCCCUAAUUUGUAUGGAAAUCUAGUGGCAAAUACAGCUGCUGGUAUCGCAGGGGGUACUGGUGUCAUGCCAGGAGGUAAUGUGGGGUCCGAUUAUGCCAUUUUUGAACAAGGUGCUUCAGCAGGAAACGUGGGAAAAAUUGAGUGGGUAGAGCAAAAGAAAGCAAAUCCUGUAGCUUUGCUCCUCUCCUCAGCCAUGAUGUUGAGACAUUUGCGGUUCCCACUUUUUGCUGAUCGGUUGGAGACUGCAGUAGAGCGUGUAAUUUUACAGGGCAAAUACAGGACGAAAGAUCUAGGAGGAAACAGCACCACACAACAAAUUGUUGAUGCUGUUAUUGCAAACAUCGACUGAAAUUUGACACGCCUGCUGAUUUUUUAAGUACAUGUUGCCUCUAUUUUUCAACAUAUAUAUAUUAGAACAGUCAACAGUUUUGCGGGGCAACAUCUUGGUUGUAUCGAAUCAUUGAGGUUUAAAUAAGCGUUGGCUAGGUUGAAUAAGCCAAGACAAAUUCGAAUGCUGGGGGAAUUUUAGCAUUACAUCUCGUGUCACAGAUGAGAAUGUCACACUUGUUAUUAUUGAGUUACAUUUUGGUACAUAAAAAUUAUUAUUCCCUUGUAAAUGUGGAAAAGGUGCCGAAUACCAAAGUUAUGGUUUGUUUUGCACCUUGAAAUUUCAUCUGCGCCUGUUAAUCUUGA